GAGCAAGCCUGAGCCUGAGAUGGGAAGGUUGAGGGGGGGGGGGGGUGCCAUAGGACGUCAGCACAGGUUCAGUGGGCAAACCUGCUGAAGAUUUCUUGUCCACUGAGGCGGCAGUGACAUCUGCUCCUAAAAAAGAGAGACCUGGGGCUGGAGCCAGUGCUUGCUGGCGACUUACUGAAAUUUUCCAUCAAUGCAAAGUCUUGUCAUUUCUCCCAGAUCCAGAAAAGGGUGAAAAUAACCUCCGCCUUUGGCUUGACUUCAGGGAGUCCCAGGAAGAGGAUGUACUGGUCCCAUUCCUGCUUUGCUCUUUGCUGGAUUGUGUGGGCAGCCUUAAGACUGAGAGCCAUAAAGGCAGCAGAAGGAAAAUAUGCUCAGAAACUAUUUAAUGACCUUUUUGAAGACUACUCCAAUGCUCUGAGACCUGUAGAAGACACAGACAAAGUGUUGAAUGUCACUCUGCAGAUUACACUCUCCCAAAUUAAAGAUAUGGAUGAGAGAAACCAAAUUUUGACAGCCUAUCUAUGGAUUCGCCAAAUCUGGUACGAUGCAUAUCUCAAGUGGGAUAGAGACCAGUAUGAUGGGCUAGACUCCAUCAGGAUCCCCAGUGACUUAGUAUGGAGGCCAGACAUUGUUCUGUACAACAAAGCUGAUGAUGAAUCUUCAGAGCCAGUGAAUACAAAUGUGGUCCUCAGAUAUGAUGGACUUAUUACUUGGGAUGCCCCAGCCAUUACCAAGAGUUCCUGUGUAGUUGAUGUAUCUUAUUUCCCUUUUGAUGAUCAGCAGUGCAACCUGACCUUUGGAUCCUGGACAUAUAAUGGUAAUCAAGUGGAUAUAUUUAAUGCAUUGGAUAGUGGAGACCUCUCUGAUUUCAUUGAAGAUGUAGAGUGGGAAAUCCAUGGAAUGCCCGCUGUGAAGAAUGUAAUCACUUAUGGGUGCUGCUCUGAGCCUUACCCAGACAUAACCUUUACUCUCAUUCUGAAGAGGAAAUCAUCUUUUUAUAUUGUUAACUUAUUGAUCCCAUGUGUGCUAAUAUCUUUUUUGGCUCCCUUGAGCUUUUACCUCCCAGCAGCCUCUGGAGAAAAAGUGUCCCUGGGAGUCACUGUCCUCUUGGCCAUGACCGUGUUUCAGUUAAUGGUUGCUGAAAUUAUGCCUCCUUCUGAGAACGUUCCUCUGAUAGGCAAAUACUACAUAGCAACAAUGGCCUUGAUAACAGCAUCCACUGCACUGACCAUCAUGGUGAUGAAUAUCCACUUCUGUGGAGCUGAAGCCAAACCAGUACCCCAGUGGGCAAGAAUCGUCAUUUUGAAAUACAUGUCCAAGAUCUUGUUGGUUUAUGAUGUUGGAGAAAGUUGUACCAACCCAUGCCAUAGCAAGGAACGAGGACAUCAGCGGAAGGACUAUGGCAAACUCCCAGAACUAUAUCAGAAAGGUCCCAGGAACAGAAACAAUGGCAUUGCUCAAAAAAAGGAAACCAAUAAACUCUUAAAUAAUGACUUGGGAAUCCAAGGUGAGAAUCCCAAAGAAGCAGACAAUUACUGUGCCCGCUAUACUGCUCUGACGAGGAAUAUUGAGUACAUUGCUAAGUGCCUCAAAGAUCACCGGAGCAAUAAUGCUAAAGGAAUCGAAUGGAAGAAGGUAGCAAAAGUGAUUGAUAGAUUCUUCAUGUGGAUUUUUUUCAUCAUGGUAUUUGCAAUGAGUAUUUUGAUUAUGGCUAAAGCAUAAUCUAUGAGGGAGAAAGAAUGCUGGAUCUGGGAUUCAUAGGUGAUGAUUUUUAAUCUUGACUUUACUAUUUAAUACCUGUGUUAUGCGGGGCAAGUCAUUUAUCUCUGUAAGCCUCGGUCUUCUUAUUUGUAUAUGUAGGGGCUGGUGGGGCUGAGCAGGACUAGCCUUCAAUGAAAGGAGCACCAACUCUAGAAUGAGAAUCAAAGCCCAAAACUCUGUUGUUGAUUGUGUGAUCAUAGACAUAUCACUGCCUCUCUUUGGGUCUUUUUCCUUGUUUAUAAAUGGAAGGAACUAGACCAGAUAAUAGCUAAAGUUCUUUCCCACUCUAAAUGCAUAAUUCCAAGACUCUUCCAGUAGCAAUUGCCAUCAUAGAACUGCAGAGCUCUACAGGGGCAGUCAUUUCCCUCUAAUCCCUGAUACUUACCACUUUAUACCUUUAGCCUAGGGCAAGGAUUGUCAAGCUUUUUGGAAGCUACAGAACUAUAUAUGUGUGUGUGUGUGUGUGUGUGUGUGUGUGUGUGUGUGUAUCAUCAAACCUUGAUCAAGUGGUGGUCUUAAUGCUCUCUAUUAAACCCUUGGUUCUCAAAAGUUCUGACUGACAAGUUCAAGCUCCAUCACAAUGGAAAGGGGAUCUGGGUACAGGGUCAGUGAUGGAUUGAUUGUCUGUCUGCUGUCUGGAAGAAAGGAUUAGCUUCAGGCUGGCUGUCAGGUUGCCAUAGUGACUCUAGAAAAUAGGCUACCCCAUAUAAAGGGCGAGCAGUUUACAUCAGUGGAGACCAGACCCUAAUCUAUGAAAUUGUCUGUCCUUGUCAGGAUUGUAGAAGUAUACAUGUGUGCAUAUAUACCCAUAUAUAUGUUACAGUAUAGUGAUAGUAAAGCAAAAAUAAUGUUGUUUUUGAGAAAAUGAUCCACAGUUGGCACUUAGGAAUUGUUGAUGGCCUGAUUCAUGUUACUGUGAAAAAAAGAAAGUGGAUUGGGAAGGAUUCUUGGAGGUAUUAUUUUUUAAGUUUUUUUAAAAAUUAAAUUAAUUUAUUUAAUUAAUUGAUUUAGAAUAUUUUUCCAUGGUUACAUGAUUCAUGUUCUUUCCCUCCCCUUCUCCCAUCCCCCUCCCAUAGCCAAUAAGCAAUUCUUGGAGGUAUUAUUAAAAAUAAAAUAAAAAAUAAAAAUAGUAAGAUAGCAAAAUUAGGGAAGUCUGGUGUUAUAAUAAAAUUUCUGUUGGUGUUAACUUGUGUCUGACUCUUUGUGACUCCAUUAGGGGUUUUCUUGGCAAAGAUACUGGAGUGGUUUGCCAUUUCCUUCUUUAGCUCAUUUG